CAAUUUCGCAUUGCCCGCAACAGGUGGACUCCUGCAAAAAUCAACUGCCUGGGUUCCCAACUUCACACGAACGCUGGCCUGGAAGACGCACGACUCUUCGACAACACCCAACCAUAUCACGUCAACCCAGAUAAGUCGGUAGGUCUACACCCUCGUGCUGCUCUCCCUCCGCUGUGUUGUAUCAUCGCCACGGUCGCGCCUCGACGUAUCUCAAUGACAUUCGCAUCUCGAGCACUUCAAACGAACGACCCAGACCGAACACGACCAACACCGCACCAUUGAUUUUGGUCGCUUCCACCUCGCAUGCACAACAAAUAUCGGGAUACUGCGCUUCGACGAAUUGAUAUACACACACGAUCUCGCUACAAGCAUCGCGCACCGCGCAUGCGCUUUAAUCAGCCUUGACUAACUUGUUGGAUUUCUCUACAGCCAUCAUGGGUAAGGGAAAGCCUUCAGGUCUCAACGCCGCCCGCAAGCUGCGGUUCAACCGCAAGGAGCAGAAGUGGGCCGAUCUUGCCUACAAGAAGCGUGCUCUCGGCACUGCCUUCAAGUCCUCGCCGUUCGGUGGCUCCUCCCACGCCAAGGGAAUCGUCCUCGAGAAGGUCGGUGUUGAGGCCAAGCAGCCCAACUCCGCUAUCCGGAAGUGUGUCCGUGUUCAGCUCAUCAAGAACGGCAAGAAGGUCACCGCUUUCGUCCCCAACGACGGUUGCUUGAACUUCGUCGACGAGAACGACGAGGUCCUCCUCGCCGGUUUCGGUCGCAAGGGCAAGGCGAAGGGUGAUAUUCCCGGUGUCCGCUUCAAGGUCGUCAAGGUUUCCGGUGUCGGUCUGCUGGCCCUGUGGAAGGAGAAGAAGGAGAAGCCGAGAUCCUAAACGUUGUGCGCGACACAGCAAAAGGGAAACAAAAAUGGAAAAACACGAAUGAAAGAAACCUCUUACCCCAACACAACGGUCCACAACACGACUACGAUGUGCAUCUUCACGAAUGUCAACAAAGAUGGAUGGUUUUUUUCUUCUCAACUGGGCAAAUGCGGAGUUGAUAUUGGCUUGCUUGAUUUUUCAUCGGCAUUCAUAGGGUUGCGGCCUAGACAAAAAAAGGUCUGGUCGUGAGCCUGAAAACACGAAUACCAUGGCGGGAUAUGAAAGAUACGAGGAAUAGAGAUCUUCUGUCUGCCGACGAA